AUGAAUCUGGAAAGUAGCCACAAAAUUUUAACGCACACGCCAAACGGAGCAAGCGCGAACAGUUCCUGUAAAGGUAUGAAUCAUCAUGUACUGAAAGGAGAUUACACAAAUGAGAUAAAAAAAAAGGAAAUACGAAAUAAGCAAGUGGGGAAUACCAACAAGAAUGAGAAAAAUUGCAACAUCAAAAAUACAGACACACAUUUUGAAAAAGACGAAGGGGAUAAACAUGUAGAGGAGAAAAAAAGUAUACCCUCAGAUUUACAGGGGAUUGACAAAUUGACAUGUGGAAGUAAAAAAGGAAUACCGUUUUGUAUGGGUACGAAGGAUGUCACAAGUUGUUUUAGCCACUGCGAGGGUUACCCGCACGGAAAUUACAAAGAGGAUAGUGUAACACUGGAGUGCGCAGAGGCAUGCGAAACGGAGGGGUGCACUGAUAAUAGUGGAGCGGAUGGAGGUGCCAAUUGUGAUUCGAGUAGAGGAAGUAAGACUGGGCAGGAAAGGAUAUUAAGGGGUGAGGCGGAAAAGGUGGAGAAGAUAACUCAGAGAGAUACCUUGAAAGGGGGGGUGGAACAGAACGACGUUCUCCCCGAAAUUGGGUUGGGAAAGCAUGACCCUUCCAGAAAUGUAAUUGGAGUAGAAUCCAAAGCGAGUGCGCCGAAAGAGAGUACGAAGAGAUGCUCUUCCAGGGAAAGCAUAAAGGAUGGAAAAGAGACGGAUACCCCCUCGAUUAAGAAUGACAAAAACUUAAUGAAAGAAAAAUGCAGAAAAAUUAAAGAAAGUCAGGGAAAAGUAAAUAACGAUAAUUUAGAAAUCAAAUGUGAACAUAAUAGCUCGAGGAGAAUCCAUACAAGUGAUGGAGGGAAUUGGUGUAAUAAGAAUUGUUCGGUUGUAUCAACUGGAAAAUGGAUUGAUGAAAUAUUGGAAGAUGAAAAAGAGGAACACCAAAUGGAGAAAUCAGCAUCUGAUAAAGGAAAUGUCAAAAAAAGCAAGAGGAAAUAUUCUCAAGAAAAUAUUAUCCGUAAAGUCGAAAUAGGUUUGCACGAGAAGGGGAAUAUUCGGAAGAAAAUAAAAGACUCGCACAUGGAGGAUGGAGAUGACAUCACGAAAGAAAAAGGGGAGGGUAACGAUAAAGGUGGCCAUGAAGAGAAGCAUAUAAGUGGAAAGAGCAUAAAAGCGGAAAAUGCGAAAAAGGAACCAGCAGGUUCCGAACUGGAUCUAGAAAAGGAGGAGAUAGAAAGUCACAGUAGAGAUGCCACUACGGCUGAAAGUAUAUCUCAAGCAUGCGCAUAUAAGAAGGAAAAAAUUGAUGAUGAUAAAACGUAUAACGUUUCAGGGGGGAAGGAAGUAGCCAUGAAGGGAAGAAGCGUAAGUAAGGAGGAGGGGAACGAAGAUACGCUCAAAAUUAUUAAUCCAACGGAUGAAGGACAACCGAAGAAAAAAUAUGCAAGACUUCUGAAGAGCCUGCAAAUAAAUUUAUCCAAGAAGAAGAUAGAACAAGGCGGCGAGAAAAGGAUUAAAACAUGGGGAGAAAAGUUAACUUUGCAGGAGAAAAUUAAUCAAUUUAUAAAGAACAAAAUCGCUACAAGGACUGAGUACAAAUAUGGGAAGAAGCCAAAUACACUGUCCAUAUGUAAUCAAUUCAAUUUGUACAACCACUUAACCAUGCUGAAUGAUUUUAACAGGUUGCAUUAUUACAGAGCGGCGAUGAGAUGGACGGGGCAUAAGGACAUAUAUGCAUGUGAGAAUGACCCUUUGAUGGCUCACUAUGGAAAGGGUGAAAAUAGUUCUAAUCAUGUAAUCAUAACCGAUAACACAACGAAGGAGAAGAAUACCACCAUGUUAGCAGAGGAAGAAAUUUGCCAAUUUAACGGAGAAAAUGUAAGCACCGUAGGUAAUACGAUAAGCAUGUAUGAUGAGGAAGUUGUGGGAAUGUUGGAGGACCAGAACGGAGGUAAGAAUCCAUAUAUAUUUUUUGAAAAUAAUAAAGAGUGUUAUGUUUACAAUAAGAAUAUAAUUGAAAUAGGGACAGGACCACUUUCCCUAUUAUCCAUUAAUGCCAUUCUAAAUGGAGCCAAACAUGUAGACGCACUUGAGGUUAAUAAGGACGCAUCCGAAAUGGCAAAGAAGCUAAUAGAAGGAUAUAAUUUGGAAGAUUUUAUUAAAAUUAUAAAUUGUUAUUCGAAGAUGUAUGUCUAUAAGGGGGAGGAUGGUCAGAGAAGAGUGAAGAGGAGAAGUUCCUUUUACAACUAUUUUGAUUCUAACACCGAUGAGCAAGAAUGCAGUAAUUUUAAUUACGACUUGAUAAUAAGCGAAGUGAUAGGAGAUUUCGCUUCACAGGAGGGGGUGGCAGACAUAUACCUCGAUUUGCACAAGAAGAUAUUUUCUUAUCGAAAGUACCAGGAGUAUUUGCACAAUUGGCGGAUGGAGGACGGAGGUGAUAGCUGGGAUAGUGACAGGAACGCACUGCGAAAUCAUCGGACGAAGGCCUCAGAUGAGGAAGAAGGGCCAAUAGACUACGAAGAAAGUGGUAAGAACGAGCAGGCGAGUGAGCAAAGGGGCCAGGAAAUUUCUAAGAAGAGGAAAAAAAUAUCAUACAGUGAAUUUGCAGCAGAUGAUAAAUUAUACUGCUGUAAGGAAUUCUACGAGAUGAAUGUUAAGAGCAUACCGUAUAGCGUUACGACAUAUUACUGUCCCGUGAAGUUUCCUUAUUAUGAUAAUAUAAUAUAUAAGAGUGAAAAUUAUCCAGAGAGGACAAUUAUUAGCCCCAAGAGUAAGCUCCUACAAUCCGUUAUGUUGGAAUGGUCUAAUUUAUCAUUAACUGAGGAUCAAAAUGAGAACAACGAUUUUGGUACAUUGGAAUAUUUAUAUUUAGAACAGAAUGUAGCGAAUCAAAUGAUACAAAGGAGGAAUCACAUCUUUUCGAUUCAGAGGAAUGGCCCUUUUUGUGGGUUUUUAAUAACCAUAGAUGUGGAAAUACGGAAGGGAGAGCAUUUUGGAACAAAAUAUGGAACCUGCGACAGCUGGUACACCAACAUAGUUUUAUUAAAGGACGAAAUAAACGUUAAUAAGGAUGAUUUGGUUAUUAGCAAAACGUACACAAAUUUGUUAAAUUAUAAUGAGAAUAUUAUUGAUAGGAAAGUUGUCUUGGUGUCAAGGCCGUCCUACACUUUUUAUGGCUACAUAUUAAAGUCGAUAGGGCAGGAUACUUUUUCAGAGUCUACGUCGGAUAGUGAUGGAGAUGUUAACAAUAACUGUUUUCAAAAUUCCGAUAGUGAGGAUUACCAGUCCAACGGUAGUAGCUACAUCUACCUGGAUGACGGAACGAUACUUUUGCUAGAUGAAAUGACUUUUCACGAAAAAGUCCUAACCAGGAGGGUAAGGCAGAAUGACGGGAAGGAUGUUACAGUGGGUGAAACUGAAAGAGAAGAUAAUUCAGAAAGUGUUAAGGGGGAGGAAGUAAAAACCAGUGAAAAGAAUAAACGUAUGAAGGGAAACAAAUUAAAUAGUUCGGAUAAACAAAUGGAAGGGAAUGUUGAAGGUCAUUCUGAUGUUGCCCAUGGAUUAGCGGAAAAUCACUGCGGGAACAGGGGGGUCGAUCAAGUUAAGGGCACAACACAGGGCAGAUCAGCAGGUAACACUUCCCAUAUCGACAUGAGGAAUAGGACUGCACGUGGGGGAGAGGGCACAGGUGGAAGUGCACUAUCGCGGGGUAGGAGGAAAAUAGGGUCGCAUAGGGACGCCUUGGUGAAUAAAAGGGAAAAGGGAAAGGGAGCCAAUUUAGGGGAGGAAUCAUACAUGAAAGGAGAUAUUCCUAGCAGAGACGAACAAAUCAAGAAGGAGGACUAUUCACCAAGAAGUAAGCAAAAUGAAGGAAGCAAAAGCAUCAAGGGGGAGAAGGCCAAUUUGGGAACAGUGGAAAAGGAAAAUACUGCCAGCAGCAGUGGCGGAAAUAUCAAUAAUCCCAAUAGUACCCCCAAUAGGGCACAGAGCAUGCCGAAGGAGGGCGCUAAGGAUCAGGCGAAUGGGAAAAAGAAAAAAGACAAUAUACGGGGCGGAAAUAAAUACAGAAAAUUGUCGAAUGAAAGUAGAGAGGAGUACGAAAAGGACAUAGCAGGAAUUAUCAAUAAUUACAACUCGAACGCGAAAUUUUAUUAUGAAAAUUUAAAAGAUAAAAUACUAGUUUAUAGGAACACUAAGUACAAGUUGUUGCAUAUUUACGAGCCGGUAGUUAUUGACUACGAUGAGCAAGCAACGGUGAUUUAUAAGAAGGAUGAUAUUUAUAAUAGCAGGGAAAACAACAUGAGUAUGUUUGUGAAUAACGUGUACCAUUGA